CCUCAGUUUUUAAAGGUCUCUCAGCUUCUGAACUCUCUCUCUCUCUCUCUCUGCGACUCUCAUGGCGACCUCCACGAAACGGGCCGAGACGAUCCGCCAAAUCGUGCGGCUCAAACAAGUCAUGCUCCGGUGGAAGUACGCGAAUCUCCGGCGCCAAACAGUCUUGCCUACCUCCUCUGGCUCUGGUCGGCGCAUCCCAGCCGGUUUUCUCGCGGUUUAUGUAGGCCCGGAACGCAAGCGGUUUGUGAUUCCCACCCGGUUCCUGAACCUACCCGUGUUCGUUGCUCUGCUCGAUAAAGCCGAGGAAGAGUUCGGGUUCCAGAGAACCGGCGGUUUGGUUCUUCCCUGUGAAGUAGGGUUCUUCGGUGAAAUGCUGAAGCUUUUGGAGAGAGAUGAAGGCAGAUUCGGGAGACUUGGUUUGGAGGAGUUGAUGAUGGUUACUGAAGUGAGUUCUGGAUCUUGCAGGGAAGCAACGUCACGUGCUUACGGCCAUUUGGUCACUCCUCUGAUGCAGAAAGCUAGGGUCGCCUGAGUUCUCCCUUAGAUUAGCUCAAUCUUGAAGCCAUGGAAUUUUAUCUGCGAUUACUUCUAUAUUUAGUUAUGGGGGUUUUUCGGUUCCAAUCAUCCUUGAAGCCGUCAUUUUUUUUAGUUUUUAAUGGUAAUUUGAUGGGAUUCAAUGAGAUGAAUGCAUGUUUGAACUUUUCCUUUGGUAUUUUUUUUUUUUUUUUUUUUUUUUUUUAUGGAUUUUCUUGGAUCAUCAAAUCAAUAUUAUGCUGAUGCUGAUAAUUGUGAUGUUGUUGAAGUUUUUGAGUUAAUGAGAGUUUGGUGGCAGCCUGCAA